AUGUCUCUCGCCAAGAACAUCCUCCUAUUCGGCGCGACGGGCAACAUCGGCUCGUUCAUUCUGGACGCCAUCCUCUCCAAGCGGUCCCAAUUCGGCCGCGUCGCCAUCUUCACUUCCCCACAUACAGCCGAAAAUAAGGCCUCACAGCUAAACAAGCUAAAGGAGCAAGGCGUCGAGGUGAUCGUAGGCAAUGUCGAAGAUGAAAAUGCCGUCAAGGCAGCAUACAAGGGAAUCGAUACUGUAAUCUCAGCUCUGGGUCGUAAUGCCCUGGCCCAGCAGAUCCCGCUUAUCCGCCUGGCAGCUGCCAGCACCAGCGUGAAAUGGUUCUUGCCCUCUGAGUACGGCACAGAUAUCAAGUAUGGGCCGGCUUCGGCGAAUGAGAAGCCGCACCAGCUGAAGCUGAAGGUGCGCGCGUAUAUCGAGAACGAGAUCUCGCGUGACGACCUUGCCUACUCGUAUGUGGUUACUGGUCCGUUUGCGGAGAUGUAUCUCAAUCUCAUGCCUGGGUUGGAGGAGGCCGGUGGGUGGGAUGUUAAGAAGCGGAAGGCCGUCUUGCUAGGCGAGCAGGGAGCGGGGGAUAUUAGUUUGACGACGAUGAAAGACGUUGGAACUCUUGUCUUGAAUACUCUGCUUCAUGCUUCGGUUGAGACGCGCAAUGCUGCUUUGUGCGUCAAUUCAUUCACUACGAGCCCUGAUCAGAUUCAGGCGGAAUUUGAGCGCCAGCUUGGUGGUCAGUCGUGGGAUGUGUCUCGCGCAUCGCUGGCAAAGUUGCGUGAAUCGGAGGCGGCGGCGUGGGAGGCUGGGAAUCCCGCGGCUACUGUGUUGACUUUGCGUCGGAUCUGGGGUGAAGGUGGCACGCUGUAUGCAAAGCGGGCUAAUGAAUUAAUAGGAGAACCUAAGGUGAUGGGGUUGGAGGAGGUGGUUGCGAAUGAGAUCCAGAGGGUAUCAAAGCUGUGA